CGCUCGCGUAGCGCGGCCGCCCGGGCGCUCGCUGAGGGGGAAGGAAGGAGGGGAGAAGAGGCGCCCGCCGAGGGCUCCGCCGCCGCCAUGAGCGUGGAGGCGUACGGCCCCAGCUCGCAGACCCUCACCUUCCUGGACACCGAGGAGGCCGAGCUGCUCGGCGCCGACACUCAGGGCUCCGAGUUCGAGUUCACCGACUUCACCCUCCCCAGCCAGACCCAGACGCCGCCGGGGCCCGGCCAGGCGGGGCCGCAGCAAGGCCAAGGCCCCCCCGGCGCGGGGCAGGGCCCGCCGGGGCCGCUGGAAGCGCAGGUGAAUGGUCCCGAUGGGAUCCUGCAGAACGGGGCUGUGGAUGAGAACGUGGCCAAGACCAGCCAGCUCCUGGCAGAGCUCAACUUUGAGGAGGAUGAGGAAGACACCUACUACACCAAGGAUCUCCCUGUGCAUGCCUGCAGUUACUGUGGGAUCCACGACCCUGCCUGUGUGGUUUACUGCAACACCAGCAAGAAGUGGUUCUGUAACGGGCGUGGGAACACCUCGGGCAGCCACAUUGUGAACCAUCUGGUGAGAGCCAAGUGCAAAGAGGUGACUCUCCACAAGGAUGGACCUCUGGGGGAGACUGUCCUGGAAUGCUACAACUGUGGCUGUCGGAACGUGUUCCUGCUGGGCUUCAUCCCAGCCAAGGCAGACUCUGUGGUUGUUCUGCUGUGCAGGCAGCCCUGUGCCAGCCAGAGCAGCCUGAAGGACAUCAACUGGGACAGUUCCCAGUGGCAGCCCCUGAUCCAGGAUCGCUGCUUCCUCUCCUGGCUGGUGAAGAUCCCGUCGGAGCAGGAGCAGCUCCGGGCCCGCCAGAUCACGGCCCAGCAGAUCAACAAGCUGGAGGAGCUCUGGAAGGAAAAUCCAUCUGCAACCCUGGAGGACUUGGAAAAGCCUGGUGUGGAUGAAGAACCACAGCACGUCCUGCUUAGAUACGAAGAUGCUUAUCAAUACCAAAAUAUAUUUGGUCCUCUAGUCAAGCUUGAGGCAGAUUAUGACAAGAAACUCAAGGAAUCUCAGACCCAAGAUAACAUCACAGUCAGAUGGGACCUGGGCUUGAACAAGAAGAGAAUUGCUUAUUUCACUUUGCCAAAGACUGACUCAGACAUGAGGCUCAUGCAAGGAGAUGAGAUCUGCCUGAGGUACAAAGGAGACCUGGCCCCGCUGUGGAAAGGAAUUGGUCACGUUAUCAAAGUUCCUGAUAGUUCUACAGAUUAUGGUGAUGAGAUUGCCAUCGAGCUGAGGAGCAGCGUGGGAGCCCCUGUGGAAGUUACUCACAACUUCCAAGUGGAUUUUGUAUGGAAAUCUACUUCCUUUGACAGGAUGCAGAGUGCUCUCAAAACCUUUGCUGUGGAUGAGACCUCAGUGUCUGGGUACAUCUAUCACAAGCUGCUGGGCCACGAGGUGGAAGAUGUGAUUAUUAAAUGCCAGUUGCCAAAGCGCUUCACAGCACAGGGACUUCCUGAUCUCAACCACUCUCAGGUUUAUGCUGUGAAAACUGUCCUGCAGCGUCCUCUGAGCCUUAUUCAGGGUCCCCCUGGCACUGGGAAAACAGUGACAUCAGCCACCAUCGUGUAUCAUCUGGCCAGACAGGGCAACGGGCCCGUGCUGGUGUGUGCUCCCAGUAACAUCGCCGUGGACCAGCUCACCGAGAAGAUCCACCAGACCGGGCUGAAGGUGGUUCGGCUGUGUGCCAAGAGCAGGGAGGCCAUCGACUCCCCCGUGUCCUUCCUGGCACUGCACAACCAGAUCAGGAACAUGGACAGCAUGCCAGAGCUUCAGAAACUGCAGCAGCUCAAAGAUGAGACUGGAGAGCUCUCAUCUGCCGACGAGAAGCGUUACCGGGCGCUCAAACGAACCGCGGAGCGGGAGCUGCUCAUGAACGCGGAUGUGAUCUGCUGCACCUGCGUGGGGGCCGGGGAUCCCAGGCUGGCCAAGAUGCAGUUCCGCUCCAUCCUCAUCGAUGAGAGCACCCAGGCCACCGAGCCCGAGUGCAUGGUGCCCGUUGUGCUGGGAGCAAAGCAGCUCAUUCUGGUGGGUGACCACUGCCAGCUGGGGCCCGUGGUGAUGUGCAAGAAAGCUGCCAAGGCUGGGCUGUCCCAGUCCCUGUUUGAGAGGCUGGUGGUGCUGGGGAUCCGGCCCAUCCGGCUGCAGGUGCAGUACCGGAUGCAUCCCGCCCUCAGCGCCUUCCCUUCCAACAUCUUCUACGAGGGCUCGCUCCAGAACGGGGUCACUGCAGCUGACCGUGUGAAGAAAGGCUUUGACUUCCAGUGGCCACAGCCUGACAAACCAAUGUUCUUCUACGUCACCCAAGGACAGGAGGAGAUUGCCAGCUCGGGCACCUCUUACUUAAACAGGACGGAAGCUGCCAACGUGGAGAAAAUCACCACGAAGCUGCUGAAGGCUGGUGCCAAACCAGACCAGAUUGGCAUCAUCACUCCUUACGAAGGGCAGCGCUCCUACCUGGUGCAGUACAUGCAGUUCAGUGGCUCCCUGCACACCAAGCUCUACCAGGAAGUGGAAAUUGCGAGUGUGGAUGCCUUCCAGGGCAGGGAGAAGGACUUUAUUAUCCUUUCCUGUGUGAGGGCCAACGAACACCAGGGAAUUGGGUUCCUCAAUGACCCCAGGAGGCUCAACGUGGCCCUUACCAGGGCGAGGUAUGGAGUAAUUAUUGUGGGGAACCCCAAAGCCCUGUCUAAGCAGCCACUCUGGAAUCACCUCCUGAAUUACUACAAGGAGCAGAAGGUGCUGGUGGAGGGACCACUGAACAACCUCCGGGAGAGCCUCAUGCAGUUCAGCAAACCCCGCAAGCUCGUCAACACCAUCAACCCCGGUGCCCGUUUCAUGACCACUGCCAUGUAUGAUGCACGUGAGGCCAUUAUUCCAGGAUCUGUCUAUGACAGGAGCAGUCAAGGGCGCCCAUCCAACAUGUACUUCCAAACCCAUGACCAGAUUGGGAUGAUCAGUGCUGGCCCCAGCCACGUCACUGCCAUGAACAUUCCCAUCCCCUUCAACCUGGUGAUGCCCCCGAUGCCACCCCCGGGAUACUUCAGCCAGGCCAACGGACCCGCCGCAGGACGUGGGGCUCCCAAAGGAAAGACCGGUCGUGGCGGGCGCCAGAAAAACCGUUUUGGGAUUCCUGGGACGAGUCAGUCCAACCUUCCCAACAGCCAAGCGAGCCAAGAUGUGGUGUCCCAGCCUUUCUCCCAGGGCCCCCUGACUCAGGGCUAUAUCUCCAUGAGUCAGCCUUCACAGAUGAGUCAGCCUGGGCUCUCCCAACCAGAAUUAUCACAGGACAGUUACCUUGGUGAUGAGUUUAAAUCCCAGAUUGACGUGGCGCUGUCACAGGACUCAACUUACCAGGGUGAACGUGCAUAUCAACAUGGUGGAGUGACGGGACUGUCACAGUAUUAGAGUGUUGAGGAAGAAGAGCUAAGCUUGCGUGGAGCUUAGUUCAUCCGCAUUUUAUUCUGGGUAAUAAAAAAAAUAAAAUAAAAUGGAUACCUGUUUUCCACUGCUAAAACUGAAGCACCACUGUGUGAGAGCAACAGGAGAAAGAAACCAACCAACGGAGAGAGAGAGAGAGAGAAAGAGAGAGAGAGAGAAAGAAAGGAGCGCGCGAGAGAGCCCACUGCUAUAGCUCACUGAGACAAGGAGACCGCGGAGGAGAGAGAGCCCUGACGGACCUGCUGGCGCCUCGCUGGGAAGGAACUCACCCCAAAAAUGAGUGGUCAGCUGAGUCCCUGCUCCCCCAGUCACCCCCACGCUCGAGAGAAGGGCCUUAAAAAAAAAAACAAAAAAAAAAAAAAAAAAAAAAAAACCCACAAAAAAAAAAGCAGGUUUCACUUCAUUCCAUCCUUCUCUUUGCGAGCAGGGCAUUAACUACUACUUUUCAGAGCAGAAGGGGGAGAGGAAAACCCUCAUCUCAGAGUUGGUCUCGUUUCUAAGGGGUACUAUAUUUUAGCAGUAACUGUUUACAUUUUAGAAGCAGAGUAUCUGAGAGAAAAAGAGAGAGAAAGAGAGAGAGAGGGAGGGAGGGAGAGUCCCUGACUGGGUGGCAGCAAAGCCAAGCAGAAAUCCAGCGGGAUCCAGCUGAUGCUCAACUCUGAGAUGCAGGUUUUGUUGUCCAACACUGGCUCUGAAAUCUUAGUUGUCAUCGUGUCGCCCACAUUCUGAACGGGUCUUUCGUGACGAGGUGGUUUUAAAAGAGAUCCUUUCAACAAAAGGAGCACUGAGUUGUUUUUUUUUUGUUUGUUUGUUUGUUUUGUUUUUUUUUUUUUCUUUAAAAAAAAAAAAAAAAAGGAGUUUGUCUCCGAAUUCUUAGUGGUGGACCUGGGAGAUCCUUGUUCUGAGAAGCUUAUAUAUAUAUAAAAAAAACAACAAAAAAACAACAAAAACGAAACAAAACAAAAAAAAAAUAUGUUUCAAACAAAAAUUAGAGCACCAAACCUUGAGAACUUUUUUCAGUGUGAUUUAAAGUUGCAGCAAUCAGCCUCUUCUUCCUACAUUGGAUAGCAGUUAGAGUGAGAGGAGCCUGCGCGCUCGGGCAGGAGGAGGGUUUCAAAGUGUUUUCUGUCUGCUUUAAUUGGCUACUGUCUGGACUCUACUCUGUGAAAAACAAAGCCUUUCUGUCAGAUGAACUUCGUGCUUGAUAAGGGGAUUGGGGUUCCUGUGCCCUUCGGCCCCUGGAGCUAAAAACAGCCCCUGCUUUGACUGCCACAGAUCUGGGGGGGAGAAGGAGCAGAAUCCGGGGAUUAUAUUGGUGCGGAAGGAAAGACCCCACGGCUCCAGGUGGGACUCAUGGACAAAGCAGGCAGUUGGUGGAAGGUGGCCUCUGAGGAGCUGGGUUUAAGUAGAGAUAAUGGGUCAGGCUUUGGCGUGGCUUCUUCUUGGGUGAGGAAGGCAGGGAGGUGCCAGAGCCAGGUGUUGUUGGCAAAGCAAACCCGGAGCAGCUUUUUUUUCAGGUAGUGGCCACGGCCGUGCCAUCCAUGCUGGGUGAUGAGUCAGGACUGAGAACAGCACAUUAAAGAGAAGCCAUCCAAUUUCUAAGUUGUACCCAUGUCUUAACGAGUCGGAUGGGAACACUGGGAGCGUUUUUAUUUCUGUCUAAACCUUUCUAGAAACAGCAGAGAAGUGACAAUUCCUGCAGAGCCCCCUUUUUACCAGAUCCCGAAAUCAGACUGACCUCUACCUCCCAAUUGGCCAAGAACAGUAGAGAGUGAUGUGCUAACCUGGGUGUUUUUCAAGUUGGAGAUAAGUUAGCUUUAUACUCAAAAGGGCUCCAAGUGUUUCUAGUCUUUUUUUUGGGGGGGGGGAGAACUCAAAAAUACCUCUCAUAUGAAUGUACUUCGACGCCGUGAAAACCCCACUUUUUGUACCUGGGGGGGGGGGGGGGCAGCCCUUCCAUUCCUGUCCUUUCCGUGGGUUGUUGCCCCUGCUUUCACAACCUGUUCUUGCUGUAGUUUCCCCAGGGUGUCUCCCCCCACCCAGUGCAGCCCCCCCAGUACCCCAGGACACGAGUUUUCACCCUUUGCCUUCGGUCCCGCCCCGACCGGAGUCCGAGAACUGCGAAAAACCAAACCCACAACCCCAUUCUUUUCUCAUCAAAAGCCUCCAGAGUUUAGACUUCUAAAAAAAA